GAGCCACCCCCCGCAUGCUGAGGCCAUUCUUGCCGCCUGGUUUUCCCUGCUCGCCAUCUCUCCACACCACCCCCCUCCCGGAGGCGAAACGGUGACGCUCUUAUAAGUAGAGAACGUGCGCAGCCGACCCGUCCCAGCCCGUCCGCGCACCGAUCCUCGAGCGGCAAGGCAUAUUAACCACUGGAAACCAGGAUCAUCAAAGUCGCCAGAGAUGGAAGUUAUGGAGAUUGUCGACAACGAACCCACCGCAGCUCGCGCCUUUCAGUGCGACUGGGAAGGGUGCGGUAAGGUGCGUACUCGCGCCUCCCGCCGCUUGUUCUCGCAGCGGCGAUGCCGCCGUUGACGCAGCCAGCAGCUAACCAGCAGCUAACCCCUCACCAGGGCUUUAACCGCAAGUCCGAUUUGCAACGACACUAUCGGAUCCAUACGAACGAGCGGCCGUACAAGUGCCACCACCAAGACUGCGGGAAGAGUUUCAUCCAGAGGAGCGCCCUGACGGUCCACACUCGCACACACACCGGCGAGAAGCCGCACCACUGCAAGCAUCAGGGAUGCGGAAAGCGGUUUUCAGACUCAUCCAGCUUGGCGAGGCAUCGCCGGAUACAUACAGGCAAACGGCCGUAUAGGUGCGAUCACCAAGGGUGUUCGAAGAGCUUCUGUAGGAAGACAACGAUGGUAAAGCAUUGGAAGCGGACUCACCAACGGGGACCGCAUUCCCCUGAGCUGGACGACAUGAUAUCCGAUGGCGGGAGCGACAGUGCACCUCCAACUCCUGAGAGCCAUACCGCGAUGUCUUGGCGGUCGCACCAGGGGCCCAUCAUGGGCCAGACCGGUCAGCAGCUCCAGCGAGCAGCUUCGUUUGCCGACUUUGGCCAGCACAUGAACAACUACAGCUUGCAACAGCAGUAUAAUGCUCACCGGCACAGCCUAUCAUCCAGCGGCGGCGCCGAGUACCACGGCGCUCCCCACCUCGGCCAGUCUCCCCUUCAACCCCACGGACACCCCCAGCACCAGCAACAACAUCCGGGCGUGCAAAUGCUCCAACGAACAGGAAGCAUUGCGCAUCACAACUACUUCGUGCCGGACCAAAACAAUCCGGGUGUGGCGACGAUGAACACCAACCAACACGCCGCUCCACAGCACCCGCAAUAUCAUCCCCAAGUCCCUCGGCAGGGCGUCGAACGGCUCCCGCUUGAGAUUCCGUCCUAUCCCAACGCGCCCGAUCUGGCAAGCAGCAUACCAAACAGCAGUCCAGGCAGCUAUUCGGCGGCGUCAGGAAGAAGUCCCUCAGUACAAGACGCGGGGUUCUACACCCACGUCCCGCCGGGGCAGACAGCGGCGUACGCCCUGCACACCACUAGCUCUGUUGCCCAGCAGGGCCCGCAGAUGAUGGCGUUCCAGGGUCAGCUCCCGCCUACUCAGGCGGCGGCGGCGGCAGCAGCAGCGCAGGUAAUGUCACACACGGCAACCGUACAGCCUGUGCAACAACACCAGCCACACCAACAACAUCAACAAGGCCAAGGAGGCCCACAGCAGCAGACGCCCGAGCAGUACCACCAUCACCACCAACAAGCGCAACAACAAGCGCAACAAGCGCAACAGCAACAGCAACCGCCCCAAGAGCAGGAACAGUGGUAUGACAGCGCGCAAUACCAGUCACCGGUCGAGGUGGCCACCAUUGGCUCGCUGCCGCCGUUCGGGUCGGGAGGCAUGUAUGACCCGUGGGGACCCAAGCUCGAGUUUGAUGACCCCACGAUGCAGAUGCCGAGUGCCAGAAUCGAGAGUAUGUGAGCGGGUGUUAUGACCGUCAUUGCCGUUAUUGCCACCGUCGUUCGCAUUUUCUCGCCACGUUUUGGGUGUUGUCGCCUGCUGCGUCGUUGCUGUCGCUCCGCCGAAGAUGACAUGAGCAUCGAUCGCAGUGUUGGCGGCCUCUUGUUCCGACCUUCAACCUGGCUCCUUCUCCUUUCUUCUCGUAUAUUCUUGAUCCCCUGUCACUUUGAAUUCAUCAAUACCCCCUCGUUUUAACCCUUCACCCUUAUAUCUUAUCCCUUUGAUGUCAAUACCCCCUUUCUUCUAUUCCGGGACUGCCUGCCUUGUUGCCGGUUGAACCCGUGUACCAUCA